AUGAAGAAAGCUUCUAUCCGCAUUAAUAUCAAAGGCUCUCAAAUCUUAAUUCACACCAUGGGACUAGUUGAAUAUUUUGGUCCCAUCCUCUUCCAUUCGUUAUUUUACUAUUUUUCAGGCAUAUACGGAUAUGGUCCCUUCGCACACACCCAAACCCAAAAAUUUGCCUUCUGGAUGGUGAUUCUCCAUUUUGUUAAAAGAGAGUACGAAUGUUUGUUUGUUCACAAAAGUUCCAAGAGUUCUAUGCCUGUCUUUAGUGCAUCUAAAAGUUUGCUUCACUAUUGGGGUACAGCUGGAAUUCUUCUCGGUUAUUUUCUUUAUGUACCAACAACCUAUUACCUGAAUAGCAACAGUUACUUGUUCAAAGUCAAUAAUUUACCCAGCUGGCUCAACUAUGGAAUAUUUGCAACUUGGGCUUUUGCCGAGUUUUCAAACUUUAAAACACAUAGAAUAUUGGCCAAGAUCAGAAGAGGUGGCAAUGAGAAAAAGUACGCAAUUCCUUUUGGUUACGGUUUUGAUCAAGUUUCUUGUCCUCAUUACUUUUUUGAAUCAUUGGGGUGGCUCACUUUUUCUUUACUAGUGGGACACUGGUCCGCAUGGUUUUUCUUUAUCACGGGAACGGGACAAAUGGUGAUUUGGGCGGUUCAAAAGCAUAAUUGGUAUCAACAGAAUUUUGGUGACGAGUUCAUAAAGCUGAAUAGAAAGAUUUAUAUACCAUACAUUAUAUAA